CCCCCUUCCGGGUCCUGCCCGGGUGAUGCUGGGCCAGGAGCUUUGUGUACACCCCUCCACUUCAGCUGAGCCAGGGCAUGUCUGCAGCCCGGGCCAGGGUGCAGCGUGUGCCCUGGGGGCCCAGGCCUGCAUGGCUCCUCUGGGUAAGGGGGUUGGAGGCACCCCCAAGGAUGGUCCCUUAGGGUGAUGUUUUGGCUUUGGGGUGACUUCAGCAAUGUCCCUGAGAGACAAGGGCGGGGAAGAAGAAUGUUUUGAAUACGACUGCCAGGAUGAAGAGAGGAAGCCCACCCACAGGCAGCAUGACACUCAGGACCUCUUGGAAGAGGUGCUAUUUUAAUGUGCCGAAAGAGUUGGCCAGAAUCGACUCAAGACAUAUAAUCGACAUAAUGCUGCAGCUCGGCUUCUUGAGGAGAAAGAGCGGGAUUUAGAAUUGGCCGCUCGCAUCGGCCAGUCGUUAUUGAAGAAAAACAAGACCCUAACCGAGAGGAACGAGCUGCUGGAGGAGCAGGUGGAACACAUCAGGGAGGAGGUGUCUCAGCUCCGGCAUGAGCUGUCCAUGAAGGAUGAGCUGCUUCAGUUCUACACCAGCGCUGCAGAGGAGAGCGAGCCCGAGUCCGUGUGCUCAACCCCGUUGAAGAGGAAUGAGUCGUCCUCCUCAGUCCAGAAUUACUUUCAUUUGGAUUCCCUUCAAAAGAAGCUGAAAGACCUUGAAGAGGAGAAUGUUGUACUUCGAUCCGAGGCCAGCCAGCUGAAGACAGAGACCAUCACCUAUGAGGAGAAGGAGCAGCAGCUGGUCAACGACUGCGUGAAGGAGCUGAGGGAUGCCAAUGUCCAGAUUGCUAGUAUCUCAGAGGAAUUGGCCAAGAAGACGGAAGAUGCCGCCCGCCAGCAAGAGGAGAUCACACACCUGCUAUCGCAAAUCGUUGAUUUGCAGAAAAAGGCGAAAGCUUGUGCAGUUGAAAAUGAAGAACUCGUCCAGCAUCUGGGGGCUGCUAAGGAUGCCCAGCGGCAGCUCACGGCCGAGCUGCGUGAGCUGGAGGACAAGUAUGCAGAGUGCAUGGAGAUGCUACAUGAGGCGCAGGAGGAGCUGAAGAACCUCCGGAACAAAACCAUGCCCAAUACCACAUCUCGGCGCUACCACUCGCUGGGCCUGUUUCCCAUGGACUCCUUGGCAGCAGAGAUUGAGGGAACAAUGCGCAAGGAGCUGCAGUUGGAAGAGGCCGAGUCUCCAGACAUCACUCACCAGAAGCGUGUCUUUGAGACAGUAAGAAACAUCAACCAGGUCGUCAAGCAGAGAUCUCUGACCCCUUCUCCUAUGAACAUUCCUGGCUCCAACCAGUCCUCGGCCAUGAACUCCCUCCUGUCCAGCUGUGUCAGCACGCCCCGGUCCAGCUUCUACGGCAGCGACAUAGGUAAUGUCGUCCUCGACAACAAGACCAACAGCAUCAUUCUGGAAACAGAGGCAGCCGACCUGGGAAAUGAUGAGCGGAGUAAGAAGCUGGGGACGCCGGGCACCCCAGGCUCCCACGACCUGGAGACAGCGCUGAGGCGGCUGUCCCUGCGCCGGGAGAACUACCUCUCCGAGAGGAGGUUCUUUGAGGAGGAGCAAGAGAGGAAGCUCCAGGAGCUGGCGGAGAAGGGCGAGCUGCGCAGCGGCUCCCUCACACCCACUGAGAGCAUCAUGUCCCUGGGCACGCACUCCCGCUUCUCCGAGUUCACCGGCUUCUCCGGCAUGUCCUUCAGCAGCCGCUCCUACCUGCCCGAGAAGCUCCAGAUCGUGAAGCCGCUGGAAGGUUCUGCCACCCUUCACCACUGGCAGCAGUUGGCCCAGCCUCACCUUGGGGGCAUCCUGGACCCCCGGCCUGGUGUGGUCACCAAGGGCUUCCGGACACUGGAUGUUGACCUGGACGAAGUGUACUGCCUUAACGACUUUGAAGAAGAUGACACAGGUGACCACAUUUCUCUCCCGCGCCUAGCUACCUCCACGCCAGUUCAGCACCCAGAGACCUCAGGUGAGAGGUCCCGAGCCCGUGUGACUGUCUCAGGCAGCAGAAGUUACCCGAGCCGGCCUCAGGCUUCCCCAGAGGAGAUGCAGGAGCCAGCGGCCACGGAGGAGGAGGAGGAGGAGGAGGGGUCUGGUGAGGGCACCACGAUAAGUCCUGUAAACUUGGCACCUUUCCCGGAGGCAGAGUUUUGGGCCAUUCUCACCUCUGUUCCGGGCACCAUCCGUAGUGGCUCUCUGUCUGUAGCUUCCGCUCGUCUGUGUGGGUGAUGAUGAAAGCAUUCUCAUUGCACAGUACUGUUUUUAAAUACACAGUCUGAUGACUCCUAUUUGUAACAAUGGGUGUGGCUCCCCUGCCCAUCUUGGAGGUGCAUGGCCCAGCAGGGAUCGUAAAGUGGGAGCAGGAAAGGCUGCUAAAAAAAAACAUCAGGGGCCCCUGAAAAACAUCAGUGCCCUUCUUCCUGGUCUGGGUGUCUCCCUGAGUCUAAGGGGAAGAUUCUCAAGUGCCCUGGUGAUUUCCAAGUGGAGCUGAGCAAUUUUAGGGAAAUUGAGUGCUGGGUCGUUCAGAAGGCAAAUGAGAUCAUCUGUUACCUGUAUGCUGUAUUAAAAUAGAAAGAACCAGGAAAGGUUCAGGAUUUCAGACACUUCAUCAGCCUUUUCACUUUCCCAACUUCAAUGGAGGUGUAUAUGUCAUUUUCUUUUCAGCUUACACAUGUGUUCAAAGUGGAUUUUUAUAAAGUGUUUUAGCAAUACUCCUUAACCAAAUAAACCUUUGGAGAAUGUCACUGAGCUUUUCCAGAGAGAAGACCCUAGAUGAAGCUGGAAAAGAGCUCUGGCUGACUCCACCCACUGCACCCAAGCAUUAAAGGUGUGGCCAUGAGUUUACAGAAUUACCCACAUCCCAGUUGCCACUGGGAUGAAAAGCUUUGUGCUCAGAGCCCUGGGAAUCAUGGGAUCACAUGGUUACUGUUUAUCCCAACAGCAUGCUCUGCCUAGACUGGACCUUCCAGCCCCUUGUGUUGGGAAGACAAAGCUUUUGUGGAGUCAGGGGAGAGACUGAGAAAAAAAUGAAUUAACCCUGUGUUGUCAUUCUCAUGACAUUCCCGAGGAUUCACUAGGUUUGAAGCAAGGACAUUCAUCUUUGUGAUUCGUAAUUUUCAUUUUUGAAGGCCACAACACUCCCCUUGACAUACAGGGCAGGAAAGAGCUGAGGUUCUUCCAUUCCCCUGGCGAAUUUCAAACAGCUGUGGUCAAGGGAUUUUAUUUGGGAUCAACUUUUCCUUUUUUCCUUGAUGUUAAUUUUAGAGAAGUCAUCAAGUCAUGUGAUUUGUUUAGUACCUAGGUUUGUUUAUGAUUUGGUUUUUUUUAAAAGCAGUUAAAUUACUAGAUUAAGCUUGUGAGGGAAUGAAAAUGUUUUUUUAUUUCGUAUCUACACACUUGAGAAAGGGAAACCAGCUGCGGUACUGUCCCAGUUUUGUCAUCAGCACCCGUGGCCAUCAGGAAGGCAGGUGUUGGUGCAGGAACAUGAUGCCUGGCUGGUUUUUGUGGCUGCAGGGGUAGGCCCCAUGCCGAUUGCCGAUUGGGAUACUCCCCUACAACCUUACAGGUAGAAUAGAAGGUGAGUUCUGGAAGUGCAAAGAAGCACCUUUAGGUGUACCUUCUAGAAGUUGUACAGAAGGACUAAAGCUUAUCAAGUCAACAAAGAACUUAUCUUGGAGGACAGAGAGAGAGAAGGGACCAAUAAUGAGGACUGGGGACAUCCUGACCACUCUCCUUAACAUAAACACUGACAUUUUUCUUGCUUGUUCCCUCUGUACUCAAACCUGUAGCAAAUUCAUCCUAGAAACACUAUUUGAGGAGGGGCAUGAACAUUUAUAGCUGAAACUGUAGAAAGGGUCAGGUUGGAGGUGUGUAAUAAAAAAUAAUUACCUGGAUUGCCAAAGGUAAUUUAGGAAGGGCCCGAUCAUUUAGAUGAGAAUUCUUUGGGGCUUAUUUUCUGGGUGAGGUUCAUCUUUAAAAACUGGCUUCAGAGGGGAGAGGGGUGAACAAUGAAUUGGCUCUGUUUUCUCUAUUGGGAAUUACAGGACCAUUUUGAUUCUCAGAAUUUAAAAAGCAUAUCAUCAUCCUGGAGGUCCCAGUUAGCUCUCUGCCUGCCAUCAUGGAGACACAGGCAGACAGAUAAGCUUUAUGGGGAAGGCUUGGGGCAUCCUUUGUCUUGGGAUAUGUAUCCAUGGUGUCUCGUCCCUGCCUUUUAAUCCGUCCUGUAUGCUUGGGCUUUUCUGUUGCCAAACAGCACUAUCCCAGGAACUGCUGUCUGCCUGGGGAAACUCAGUAGGGAGGCACUUUGGAGACAGAAGGUGAUGAACCUUUUUAUGUGCAGCUGGUGUGAUAGAAGGAAACUGGGAAGACUUGUACGCUAGGCAGUUUUGUCCAGAGCCUGCUGUCCCAUGGAGAAAAACUUUUAAGCACUGAAAAAAUUUGAUUAAUGUAUUUAAAUGUAUUAUUUGAAGCAUCAUUCACUUGUUGAUUUUUAUAAUCCCAUGUCUUAAAAAGGAUGAUUCCAUGUUAUUGUAUUGUAAAUAAUUUAGAUGAUUAAAAUGGAUUGUUUAAAAAGU